AUGUAUCCGUCGAGAAUGAACAUUUUGUCAUAUUUAACAAUAUUUCUUUAUUUUUUAAAAUUUGUUAAAAGUGAUAAUUUUCCAUUUAAAUUCGAACAUGUAAGAAUUUUAGAUAAAAUUGCACUGGAUGAAUUCAGAAGCUCAGCGAACGUGCGUGCUGUUUAUUACUUUAAACGAGACAUGGCACGACUUCGAACCUUCAUGAAAGAAUAUGACAAAUCAGCUGAAUUUCUAGAAGUCUAUGGUGUCAAAUUUGGUGUGUUUGACUGUCGGUCACAGCUUGAGGAGGAAGUAUGUGGUACAGAAAUGGCAGAACACAACAUCUACACAUACAGACAGGGAGCCACACUUCUACAGCUGGAACUUCAAACCAUGUUUGAUGUUAAUUCAAUCAUGUCCAACAUUUUACAAUUAGUGCUUUUGAGAGAAGUUCCAAUCCUACAGAGGCGAGAAGAAAGGGAAGAUUUUGAGUACAGGAGUAGAGGAGUCAGGGACAUUAUAUUCACAUUCCAGAAAGCUAUAGGGACAUAUGAACACAGAAUAUUUAUGGAGGUCGCCUAUGCAUACUCAGACAAUUUCCAGUUUGCUGUGUCCACCAGUAAACAGUCUCUACAAAACUUUGAUGACAUGACAACAGACGACUCUGUGAUCUGGCUUCUGCAGUGUAAGGACAGUCAAAAAGUGGACCCCUGUCCCAAAAUACGUUACUAUGGUUACAUGGAUCUAGCAUCACUGGCCCAGUUUGUCAGGGCACUCACAUUUCCUAAACAGUUUGAUAUCCCAUCGGAAGGAACCACCUCACCGUAUGCCUACACGGACAACUUAAAUGUUAUAUACAUGUACUACAAAGCGGACAGUCGCAAAACUGUGAUGGAAUUCGCUGAGAAACUGGUCAUGAAAUAUAGGGGUGUAUACGGAAUAGUAACCAUUGACAUUGAGAAUGCUGAACCCCCAUACCCUUUUAAUGGAGAGACACCUGCUGUGGGAAUUCUUAUUGAAGGGGAGGUAAGUUCUAUUUUCCUAGAAGGGGAGGUGACGGAAGCUAAUAUAUUUCAAUUUAUAUCAAAAACAGCUGAGGAAUUCAAUAGUGUUAUGGUUUCAGACGAUAUUGGGGAUCCUUCUGGUUCAGCAGAUGGACAAGAUGGACAAUCUGUGGCAGGGGGAGAACCGAGUCCAUUUGAUGAGUCUGAAAUUCUAGCAGUUGAGACACAGGAUGACCAGGUGGCAGAAGCUGUGUUUAGAGCAAGAAGAACAGAGAUGGACCUGACCCUGGUGCCAAAGCUGACAGAUAAAACUUUUUCCAACACUGUCCAGCAUAAAGAUCUACUAUUUAUUCUGUUCUACCUUCCAUUUGAUGAUAAAAGCAUGGCAUUCCUGCGUUUGUAUGGUGACGCCUCCAGACAGCUCGAGUUUGACAGAAGGAAUCCACUGGCUCGUGUUGAUUGUCAUGAUUGGACUGAUGUUUGUGCUCGGGAGAAUGUGACAAUUUACCCAACGCUGAGGAUAUACAGAAACGGAGAGAAACUUCGGAACUACAAAGGGAUGCUGGACACACAGAAUGUUGUUAACACAGUCAAGCUACUGAAUCAUACAGACAUCAUUGACCUAAGCAGUGUAUCUGAUAUACAAACAUUCCUUCUGGGUAAACUCCCCAGCGGGAUGGAAAUUGCAAGUGACUCGAUGGUGUUAGGUCUAUUUGAGUCUCAACACAAAAAAGAGAUGGAUAUAUUUAGGAAGGUUGGUAAAGAGAUGGAGGAUAGGAUCAUGUUCGGAGUCAAUAAGGACGGAAAAGGAACAUCAAUAGCUAAGGAACAAUUUGAUACAACAUUACCAGCUGUGAUAGUGGUCAGACAAACAGAUCAUGUGACCCCACACACUGUAUACACUGGGGACUUCAACUCAGCACAACUAGAGAAGUUUAUCACUGAAGCACGCAUCCCCAGAAUGCCAGAGCUAACAGUAAAGAUGUUCCCAGACUUGUACAGACAGAAAAAACCUUUUGUUAUAUCCUUCCUGGAUGACCAAGAGAUGUCACAAAAGGUCAAGGACACCCUGUCUUCCAUUGUAAAAAGUGAACAGUUCACAGAGGUCAUCUUCUGUUGGAUCAGAGCAACUGCAGAUGAUUUUGGAACCAAAAUUUUGAAGAAAUAUAAUCCUGAAGGCAGCACACCUGCUGUGGCGUUGGUGAAUCUGGUCUUGGGUGAGGUAUUUAACUAUGAUCAGGUGACUUUUGGUAGUGAAGAACUUGUGAGCUGGAUACAGGGAUCAUUACAGGGAAAGUCUAGUCCAAAUACAAAACUGCCCCAGGGCGACUGGAAGCCACUGAAGGAGGGCUACAAUUUUCUCGCCAUGAUGGACUGGGAGAUGAAAAAUCAGAAAAAAGUUGGUCAUUCUCGGGAUGCUGCUGAGGAGUAUGGUAUAGGAUUUGAUGAAGAAGGUAACGAGGUGAAGAGAUCAUAUGAGAUUAAAGAUGACAUGUCACCAACAAGGUCAAAGAGUGCAUUUGAGGAGGAUCAGGUUCGUCAUGAGUUGCUGGCUUUAAAAAAAUCUAGACUUUAUCAUCACUCUGGAGGGAGGAAGAAAAACCAUGAGGAAGAAGGAUCAGAUUCAUCUAGAGUUGAUGAGGUCAAGGUCACUGAAGAUCAAGUCAAGGUCACAGGUCAAGAUAUACCAUCACAUGGACAGGAAAGGCACGAAGAAUUAUGAUCUUGUUAUAGUUAUAAUUGCUAUUAUUUUUAUUUUGUUUUCCACGUUUUGUUUAACAUUCUACCUAAACUAGCAAACAUUCCAAAAUCUUAUCUUCUAUUAUUUCAUUUUGUAUUUUUGUGAUCACUAUU